CGACAUCAUCGUGCCAAGGCCGCGCCGCAAAGCCGAGGUCGGUUAACGUUUGAUGUGAGCUCCGAUGCUAUCCCCACUCUCGCCGGCUCCAUUCCUCUAGCAAUUGCUCAUCCUACUCUCCAGCAAGUACCUAGGAGAACGUACACGUCAAUAUGUCUAGCCUCAGGAUAUUGGUCCCCGUUAAGCGGGUCAUCGACUAUGCGGUCAAACCGCGCGUCAACCGCGCCCAGACCGCCGUCGAAACCGCCAACGUAAAACACUCCAUGAACCCGUUCGACGAGCUCUCGAUCGAAGAAGCCGUCCGUCUGCGCGAAAAGAAGACGACCCCCGUCGAGGAAAUCGUCGCUUUCAGCGCCGGCCCUGCAAAGGCCCAAGACAUCCUGCGCACGGCCAUGGCCAUGGGCGCCGACCGCGGCAUCCACGUUGUGGUGGAGGAGAAGGACGCGCUGGAGCCGCUGGGCGUGGCAAAGCUGCUGCGCAAGGUGGUCGAUGAGCAGAAGAGCAACCUGGUGAUUCUGGGCAAGCAGAGUAUCGAUGAUGACGCGGGGCAGACGGGCGGUAUGCUGGCGGGUCUGCUGAACUGGCCGCAGGCGACGCAGGCUAGCAAGGUUACGAUUGAGGGCGAGAACGUGACGGUCAUUAGGGAGGUGGAUGGCGGUGUUGAGACGCUCAAGACCAAGCUGCCAAUGAUCAUCACCACGGAUCUCCGACUCAACGAGCCGAGGUAUGCCAGCUUGCCGAACAUCAUGAAGGCGAAGAAGAAGAAGCUGGAAAAGAAGACACUGGGCGACUACGGGCUGGACAGCGAAGUCAGACUGAAGACACUCAAGGUUACAGAACCGCCGACAAGGAAGGCGGGUGUUAAGGUCGAUGACGUGGAUGGCAUGAUUAGCAAGCUGAAGGAACUUGGUGCGCUGUAAAAUCUCAUCGGGCGAGCAAUCUGUGUGUAUAGCAUGUUUUGAAUAGACCUGGAAUGAAGAUUGAAGCCACGGACGUUC